GCGGGGCAUACUCACGCUGUCGUCGCAAUCACAGAAAUGGACGAAGCCGAGUUCUCGCGCCGCCUUGCGCAGUUCCCUGUGGUGCGGAAGAAGACGCAUUGCCGCGUGGCAUGGAAAUCGGAGACGGAAGUCAAGACUGUUUCGUCCAUCACCGAGCUGGGUGAAGGAGCGAGUAAGCGGCCUCGCGUGGACAUGCCGUUCAACACGGCCUUGGAAGCGUUUUUGGAGGAAUUCUUCACGCCUGCGGAAUCGGGCCGCAUUCGGAAGGAAUUUGAAAAGGCCCAAACAGCAUUCCUCAACGGACUGUGCCUGGAAGACAUGGAAGAGAUUGCCGCUCAAUUCAAAGCAGCGGCGACGACUCCAGUGCCUUCCCCAGUACCCGCGCUAUCAGCUCCGAGCAAGAGCACAAUCCCCAACACGUGGUAAUGACAUAAAUAUGGAUUAUCCUGGCAGUUGGUUCAAGCGGUGCUGAUACGAAAAAUUGUGUUUCUAUACGAUCGUGAAUGAGCCAGUCCGCGGCAUUGACGCGUUCGUACCUCGGUGAUCUCGGAAAGGACGUCCAUGUCGAGAAAGGGUUGCGUUGACAGCGACGUGAUGUACGUGUUCCACACGUUGCUCGGGGUAUCGAAGUGGAGCGAGUUCACCGCCGUUUCCUAUGCGCGUAUGCAACGUGAGUGAGGUGCAAGGAGCUGCUGUAAGAAGUCGUACAAUGUGUUGGA